AUUUCAAAGGUCUCUCUCUCUCCUCCGCCUUCUCUCUCCUCUCUCUUCCCGGAACCCCCGAAGAGCUGUUUACCCCAACAACUGUAGCUCUCCAGAUGGAUGAUGAUGGAUUGAACAUGAGGAACUGGGGCUAUUAUGAGCCAACCCAUAAGGGACACCUCGGUCUCCAGUUAAUGUCAUCGCCAGUUGAUCUAGACACAAAGCCCUUCCUUUCUGCCUGCGAUAACAACAAUAAUCCGAAUAUGAUAGUUAGUAAUGGGCUUUUCCAUCCACGGGAUUCGAUUGUUUCUCAGGUGCCCAUAUCACACAUGGACUACAUUAGAGAUGGUUGGAUAAACCACAGAGAUAAAUUUUUGCUUAUGUUUCCCGGGAAUCAUUAUGGUGGAAUUGUGGCUGACCCUUCUGGAACUCAGUCCCCUGUCCAAAUGUUACAACAGCAUCCUCAAUCAGCCUGUAAGGAUCCAAAUACAAGCUCUACUACUGCUGAAGAUCCAAUCGGUGAUCUUUCAAAGAAGAGAUCAGGACCUGAUGUUUUGCCUCCCAAAGGAAAGAAGGCGAAGAAAGGAGGGCCAUCGGCAUCAAUGAAAGAUGUCUCCCCGCCUGGCAAACGUUCAAAACCAGCAAAGAAGACCAUUGAUGUUGUUAUAUGUGGGACUAAUAUGGACAUAUCAAGCAUCCCUACUCCAGUGUGUACCUGCACUGGAACACCCCAACAGUGUUACCGGUGGGGGUGUGGGGGCUGGCAGUCAGCAUGUUGCACCACAACUAUAUCUAUGUACCCUUUGCCUAUGAAUAACAAAAGACGUGGAGCGAGGAUUGCAGGGAGAAAGAUGAGUCAGGGUGCAUUCAAAAAGGUUUUGGAGAAACUUGGUGUUGAAGGCUAUAACUUUGAUGACCCUAUCGAUCUCAAGACUCACUGGGCUAAGCAUGGAACGAACAAGUUUGUUACAAUCAGGUAAUGCUGUAUCGAUCUCCAUACCAGUUCUGUCAUUCCAGUCUUUCAUGUUAUAGCUUGUAUAUAUUUAAGUGGUAUUUGUCAUUUCAGAGCGGUGAUCCAUAACCCUAUGAUACUUGAGAUCAAAUUCUUUUUCUUUUGCACCUAGUGUAGGAGACUUAAACAUUUCUUUAUUUAUGUAUUAGAUUUUUUUGUGCUAUUCUGCACUCAACUUUAUCCUUUCCAGUAUUGAAAUUCUUGGUCAUCACAUACUGUUUUGGAUAUCAAAAAUGAUAGAGUGGAUGUGAAACAAACUCUAUUUACAUGG